GUCAAUAUUAUUACCGCGCUUAAAGUAAUUUGUUUAUUUUUUAAGUAAAAAAAAAAAAAAUUGAUUUUGAAACUUGUGGUUUGCAUUGCUUACACUAGUUACUAAUUAUUGUUUGACCACCUGUUGUAUCUACAUAUUAAUAAUAAUAAUAAUAAUGGGAAGAAAAUCGGCAGCAAGCAGCGCUAAGAGUAAAGAAAAACGAUUACAAAGGAAAGAGGAACAAAGUAGAAUAAGCCAAGCAAUGGCCAUUGUGGCGGCUGCCAAUAAGUUAGAAGACCCAUUAGACCCAUUUCCUGUUUUCAGGAAGUAUAACAAAAAUGGUAUAGAAGUUGAAUUAUUUGUGACAAAAGUAGCUAAUGUAGAUCAAAGAACGAAGGAUUGGGCAUUUAAUUUAACUAAAAAGAAUAUGCAACAAAAAUAUGAACAAUGCUCAUGGGGUUGGAAUGAUUUAAAAAAGGCGGAAGAAUUAACUGACGAAGCUGCUUGGUAUCUUGUAGCUAAAACUUUAGAUGGAAAUCUUCUUGGGUUUUCGCAUUUUAGAUUUGACUUGGAUGAAGGACUUGAAGUUCUAUAUUGUUACGAAUUACAAUUGGACUCUGCUUUUCAAAGGAAGGGAUUAGGAAAGUUUAUGAUGCAAAUACUGGAACUAAUAGCUUUUAAGAAUAAUAUGAGAAAAGUAGUGUUGACUGUUUUAAAGAAUAACCAGUAUUCAAAGUUUUUCAAAGCUCUCAACUAUGAACUGGACGAAUCCUCACCCAUAGAUGAUGAAGAGGAAUCCUUUCCAUACGAAAUUUUAAGCAAAAUAAAUAAAAGAUUGCCACCUCUAAUUGCACAGCCAAAAACGCAUCCUAGUAACCAUUGCUGUUCUGGACACGAUCAUCACCAUUAAUAUACUUUUCUAGCAUUAGAUUAAUUUUAAUAUUUUAAGUAUUUCGUCCUGUGGUUUUAAAUUCAAUGAAUAAAAACACAUUUUCUUAAUUA